AUAAAAGUAUGUACCAAAAAGGAUAUUUGACAAACUGACAACUUAUCUCGAGAAAAAGCGCUAAAGACUCGAAAAAAACUAAAAAAAAUUUAAACUCUCAAAAAAACACAUUUUUUGUGUGAAUUAAAUAGUUUUAUGUCUAAUAUUAAGAAGUAAAUACAUGCUUAAAGUGUAAAGAUCAAUAAAUAAUAUGGUAAUGAGUUCCGAAACGAAAGAAGUUAAAGAAUUAAAUGGUAAAAAAUCAUCGUCCACAAAUUCGCCAUUAAAUUCGAGCACAAAGCCAGUUGAGACAUCUCCAGAGACGUCUGACGAUGAUAGCCUUUCCAAAAAGAAUCUCAAUAAAUCCAAGAAUAAUGGCAAAAGUGAAUUUGAGGAAAAAAUUCGCGUAGGUAAAGACUUUCAAGCUACAGUUCCUGACCUUAAUCCAAAAAAAGGUGAUGGAUACACAGAGAAAGCUCUAUUAGUUUGGUCACCAGCAAAAGAUAUACCAGAAAAUAAAAUCGAGGAAUACGUUGACCUUGCUAACGUGCGUUAUGGCUAUAAUACUGAACAAGCUUUAGGCAUGUUAUUCUGGCAUAAACAUGAUUUAGAGAAAGCACUGCUGGAUUUAGGCAAUUUCACACCAUUUCCUGAGGAGUGGUCCAAAGAAGAUAAGGUCCUUUUUGAGCAAGCUUUCCAAUUUCACGGAAAAUGUUUUCAUCGCAUACGACAAAUGCUUCCUGACAAAUCAAUCGCCAGCCUCGUAAGAUAUUAUUAUUCAUGGAAAAAGACGAGGCAUCGUACAAGCAUUAUGGAUCGUCAGGAAAAGCGCAAGAAUGAUGGAAUUGAGAACGGAAAUGAUGAUGACUUGUCUGAGAAUUCUGAUGUAGAAGAUAAGAAAUUUUCGAGGCCUAUUCGUGGAAUUCAAAGGACUAGUCGUUCUCCAACUCGAACAAUCGUGUCCAAUUUAAAUGCCGAUAAUAUAUCGUCAAAAAUCUCUUCCGCAAAAGUUCAGGAUAUUAAAAGAGUAACUGGAAUUAAUAGAAUUGAAAAUAAGGAUACCGGAUAUUCAUCAUCGUCAUCUUCCUCAAAUGGAAUUUCAAAGCUAUCAUCACUUAAUUGUCAGAACUGUAAAGUCUUAUGUAAUGAGCUUAAACCAACGACUUCUGGAAGUUUCUGUUCCAGUUGUUUUCAACAUUGGAGACGUACUGGUGAAUUGAGACCUAUUUCCGGACCAAAUGUUCAACGUCCACGUUCAAAAACAAACAAAUUAUAUUAUUAUCAAGGCUAUCACGACGGGUCUAUAAAAUAUAAAAGGAAGCCACCAAAAGGGAUGUACAUAAAUCAUGACGAUGUCUUAAAACUAGCUGCACAAGAACUUAAUGAAAAAAUGACGCCUCGCAAACAACCAGUUCCACCUAAAUUUGAUCUCUUGGCUGAGACUGAUCGAGAAAUCGGUGUCCUAUAUAGUCAAAUUCAAGCAAAUAAGCAAAAAAUUAGUUGUAUGAAAUCGAACAAUGAGUCUUUCCACGAUACUCGACAAGCUGAGGAAGCUGCUCUGAGUCGUGUUAAUAUAAGAUGGACUAAAGAUGAAUUAGCACUUGCUAUUAUGGGAUUUCGUAAAUUCGGUCAGAACUUUAAGGCCAUUGCUGAAGUAAUUUCAACAAAAUCAGAAUCACAUGUUCGUAAAUUUUUCAUUAAGUCUCGUAAAAGUCGUAACUUGGACACAGUGUGUCAAGAAGCUACUUCCUCAUCAGCACAACAACAGAGCAAUAGUAAUGAUGGAGAAACAAAGCAAGAUAAUAGUAUUGAGAUCAUGGAGGUUAUUGACUCGGAUGAUGACAUGAAGAUUGAACAUGUCGAGAACGGUAACAAUACAGGAAAUAAUGGAAUGAAUGGCACUACGAAUGAAGAGAAUAAUGUAAAAGUUCAGGGAAAGGCGAGUAUUGUGCUGGUCAAUACGGCAAAGUCACUGAAACGUAAACAUGAUAAUGACGCUGAUAAAAGUAACUCAACUGAUGUUUUGGACGACGAAGGUGCUCAAAAAAAGUUUGCACCAUUCUUAGGCGAUAAGAACGAAAUUACAAUAACUCCAAUUAGAAAAAUAUCUGCUGAUGAUAAGCAAAAUGCAAGUGUUGCUUGAAAGUCGUGAAAACUCUUCAUUUACUUCAUAUAUUUUCCAUAACAUUUGCGAUUUCGUAUUAGUUAAAUUUCUUUUUAUAUUUACAUACCUAAGUUAGUAAUCAUAAUUAAAGUAAUAAUCCUUGGCUUUCUUCAAAAUGUGAAAUUUUGAUCAAUCAAUUCAGAUUUGAGAAGAAUAAUGUGAGAAAAUAAAUAUAAUUGAAAUGUGAAAUAACUUAUAGAAUAAACAUUUG